AUGACUUCACCUCAAACAGCAAGAGACCAUGUUGAGACAUUCUCUAUAUCCGGAGAGCAACAGCAGGAAGAUCACAGAGAUAAGAGGUCUCACCACUGCCCACAUUGUGAGGAGAUUUUCCCAAUUCUAUCAAAACUAGAAAUACACCUAAAAAUACACACAGGAGAGAAUCUCUAUUCCUGCACUGACUGUGGGAAGAGUUUCACAACAUCACAGGCUCUGACAGUUCAUCUGCGAGUCCACACUGGAGAAAAACCUUACUCCUGCUCUGACUGUGGGGAGAGUUUCUCUCAACAGAGCAGCUUAAAAACACACCAACGUAUACACACAGGAGAGAAGCCUUACUCCUGCUCUGACUGUGGGAAAAGUUUCUCCGUAUCAAGCAACUUAAAAACACACCUAAAAAUACACACCGGGGAGAAGCCUUACUUCUGCUCUGACUGUGGGGCGAGUUUCUCUCAACAGAGCCACUUACAAACCCACCAACAUAUACAUACAGGAGAGAAGCAUUACUUCUGCUCUGACUGCGGAAAAUGCUUCACAACAUCAGCUGAGUUAAGAGUUCAUCAGAGAACACACACAGGAGAGAAGCCUUACUGCUGCUCUGACUGUGGGAAGAGUUUCUCUCAACAGGUUCACUUAAAAUGUCACCAGCGAAUACACACAGGAGAGAAGCCUUACUCCUGCCCUGACUGUGGAAAGAGUUUCACCCGAUUGGAUAUAUUAAAAUGUCACCAGCGAAUACAUACAGGAGAUAAGCCUUACUCCUGCUCUGACUGUGGGAAGAGUUUCUCCCAACAGGGCAACUUAAAAAUACACCAACGUAUACAUAAAGGAGAGAAGCCUUAUUCCUGUUCUGACUGUGGAAAAUGCUUCACAACAUCAACUGAGCUAAAAUCUCAUCAGAGAACACACACAGGAGAGAAGCCUUACUACUGCUCUGACUGUGGGAAGAGUUUCUCCCGAUUGGCUACCUUAAAAACACAUCAAUGUACACAUAAAGGAGAGAAUUCACAUCACUUCUCUCAGACCAGCUAAGAUUAAAGUCACUCCAUCAAUUAAUCCUCAUCUCAUAAAAGAAGUGGUAAGAGUGAAUUGGAUCUAU